GUCUCCCGGCAUCCUCCGGGACAGGCGGGCGGCGCGGCGCGGGGCGCGCGCGGCCGCCUUCACUCUUGAGGCACUGCCGAAGCGAAGCAGGCUGGGCCGGGCCAGGCCGGGCCGGGCCUGGCCACAGCCGGCCCCCACCAUUCCCCCCCUUCCCUCCCGGUGCCGUCGCCCCCCGGCUGCCACCAUGCAGGAGCUCAUCGCCAGCGUGGACCACAUCAAGUUCGACCUGGAGCUGGCGGUGGAGCAGCAGCUGGGGGCGCAGCCGCUGCCCUUUCCCGGCAUGGACAAAUCAGGGGCAGCUGUCUGUGAAUUUUUUUUAAAAGCGGCAUGUGGGAAAGGAGGUAUGUGCCCAUUCAGACACAUCAGUGGGGAAAAGACUGUUGUUUGCAAACACUGGCUACGAGGACUAUGCAAAAAGGGAGACCAGUGCGAGUUUCUGCACGAGUAUGACAUGACCAAGAUGCCUGAGUGUUACUUCUACUCCAAAUUUGGGGAAUGCAGUAACAAAGAAUGUCCGUUCUUGCACAUUGACCCGGAAUCUAAGAUCAAAGACUGUCCCUGGUAUGACAGAGGCUUCUGUAAACACGGUCCACUCUGCAGACACCGGCACACUCGAAGAGUCAUUUGUGUGAAUUACCUAGUAGGAUUCUGUCCGGAAGGGCCUACCUGUAAAUUCAUGCACCCUCGAUUUGAACUACCUAUGGGAACCACAGAGCAACCACCACUGCCUCAGCCAGCACAAACACAGCAAAAGAGGACACCCCAAGUUAUUGGAGUCAUGCAGUCUCAAAAUAACAACACUGGGAACAGAGGACCCCGGCCAUUGGAGCAGGUCACCUGUUACAAGUGUGGUGAAAAAGGUCAUUAUGCCAACAGAUGCACCAAAGGACAUCUGGCCUUUCUCAGUGGACAGUGAAAGAGCAGAAAGAAGAGUGCAAGGGAGCUAUUAACACUGAGAAAAGGUUUCUGCCUUGCACUAUUUCUUGAACUAUUAAUCAGGUUGGUUUUUUAAUGCCAUUACUGAAAGAACUGGUCAGAGGCUGGCUGCUGCUAAGCAACAUUUUUGUAAUUGUCCACAACUUUUUUUAUGUUUUAAGCUUUUUAAAAUAGAUUUUGGCCUCCGUCUACUUUCAUUGAGCCCUGCUGAAAGGUAGAUCUAAAAGCAAACAGAUAUGCAAACCCCUCACCGGUACAGCAUUCUAUGUAAAUGCAUCUUACCCCGGUGUCUUUUUUAAAGUGUUUUCCUUCUGCCACUUCUCUUUGGAGAACCUGCUGCAUUUCAGCACUCCCUGUGGAAGCAGAAAGACUGACUGGGAAAAUUAGUACUUGAAAUGCCUUCCCUUCAGUGAGGAAUUCUGCUGUCCUGCUCUUACAAAGUAAAGUUGUGUUCCUAGAUCUGGUCUCGUCAUUGGUGAGCUUGUCCUGGUGAUUGACUUAAUGCCUGACACACACCAGGCUGUAAAACUCUUGUCCACUUGCUUUGUUUCUGUGUUUCUUGCUAUACUGAAGGUUAGAAAUUAAUCUUCUGGGUGAGAACUGAUUUUGGAAGAAUAAAUUGGCAUCCCUGUAGUUGGCCAAAUAAGGAGGAGAAAUGAUUUUAGGAAAUGCACAUCUGUGCUCAUUUUCCAUUUGCAAAAAGCACAUAGGGAAAUGAACACAGUUUAAAGCGUAGGAACAAAAGAGCCUUUUCUCAGCACCCCUGUCAUUCAGCUCACACCAAACAGGUAUUUCCAUAGCCUAAAGAAGACCAAGAAGUGGAGCUGUAUAUUUUUAUGGAACACUGCUUUUAAAGGUGGUAGAACAUUCUUCUGAGAUCAUACCUCUGCAAGCCAAAACCCAUUUGUUUUGUAAGACAACUAUUUCAAAAGGGCCAAUGAUAAAACGUGAAUUAAAAAGAAAACCAACAACUUGCACCUACAACGUGAGCCUUACUGAUUAUAACCCCUCUCAUUUGCUGACUGCCUUUAUACGUUGUUUUUAUUGAAAUGUACGGAUGGAAAAAGCUGACUGUGAUUAUUAUUUUUUUUAAGUAGGGUAAUGUGGUUAUAUUAGGAAAAGUGACCAGAGCCUAUGUUGGUUUGAAUGGCAGCCAUUGUUUCAUUGUGGGUAUUCAGAGUCGGUCAAAAUAGAAGUUUCAAGGCUAAGUGACUACAGUACAGCAAACUGUCAAGAAUUUUCUUACUGUGUUGUGUUCCUUCAUGCUGAAUAGCAGCCAACCUAAGAUGACACCUGCAUGUAACUAGGUGCAUGGAAAGGGAACAAACCCCUGUGUCUAGUUACCAUUCCCACCUAGUUCAUGGAGACUUAGUCUUCACUCCCUGAAAAGAUGUUUUCUGCAACUGAAAAGCCUUCCUCUUACUGAUAAAGCUUGAGACAUUGUUUGUAUCCCUUA